UUAGAUUUACGUUUUUCGAAAUCAUUCAUUCUUUUACAAUAACAAAAAAUGGAUAGAUUAACAGUGUUGGUGGUAAUUUUCACCAUUUGUUUAAACUCCGGGCUUGGAGAAAUUAUAAGCUAUAGUGAAAUAAAAGAGUUGCUGCAAAUAGGAGGACCCGUCAAAAUAACAGAAAUAUCAAAAAAUCGAAUAUCUAAAAGCUUAAAUCCAUCUUUUGAAAAUACAAUUGAAAACUUCUUUAAAUCUAAUGAUAUAACAGUUGAUGCUCCAUUUGGAUCCACUCUUACUUUCAGUGGAAGACAUAUGGAUAAUGAAGAAAUAGACCUAAAGAUCCAACUUGGUUCUGUAAAGGAUGUUGAAGCUCGAAAAAAGUCAAAAAUUAAAAAAGUUUUGGCUCCUAUUGCGGUUUUAUUACUUCUAAAGGCCAUAACUCUAAUACCACUCGCAGUCGGGAUCUUGGGUAUUAAAACUUGGAAUGCAUUACAACUUUCAUUUAUUUCUUUUGUUACUUCCAUUGUAUUAGCCGUAUGGAAACUUUGUUCAAAGAUUUCCCCUAGUUCUCCAGUAACUCCACAUGUAAUCCACGAGGCUGUACAUGAUGUACAUGUUCCUCAUAUAUACCAUGACGAUCAUCAUGUACACCAUCAUGAUUCUCACAAUCAUCCCCAAGAAAUUCAUUAUGAUCUUCAUCAUGAUUUAUACCACGAUCAUCCUGACCAGCAUCACUUUGAUCCAUGGGACCACCACUACCAUAGGUCGGAUGAUAAUGCCCAACAAGUGGCCUAUAACGGGUAUGUUCCUGAAAAUAAGACUUAAUUUUUUCUUAAAUUAUGUAAUUUAUUUUCUGCUUAAUAAAUUUUGCUUUAAGUUAAA